AUGUCCUUCUCCUUCUUCAAACCAUCGAGGCCUAAAACGCCUCAAGAGGUCGUUAAGGCGAUCAGAGACAGUCUCAUGGCUCUCGACACCAAAACCGUCGUCGAAGUUAAAGCCCUCGAGAAGGCUCUGGAAGAAGUUGAGAAGAAUUUUUCUUCUCUGAGAGGAAUGCUUUCUGGAGAUGGUGAGGCUGAACCAAAUGCUGAUCAAGCUGUACAGUUAGCAUUAGAAUUUUGCAAAGAAGAUGUUAUCUCUCUUGUUAUUCAUAAGCUACAUAUUUUGGGAUGGGAAGCAAGAAAAGAUUUACUGCAUUGCUGGUCUAUCUUGUUGAAACAACAAGUCAGCGAGACCUAUUGCUGCGUGCAAUACUUUGAAGAACAUUUCGAGUUGCUCGACUCUUUGGUUGUGUGCUAUGACAACAAGGAGAUUGCUCUGCACUCUGGAAGUAUGCUUAGGGAAUGCAUAAAAUUCCCAAGUCUUGCUAAGUAUGUUUUAGAGUCUGCCUGUUUUGAGUUAUUCUUCAAGUUUGUGGAAUUGCCAAACUUUGAUGUUGCUUCUGAUGCAUUUUCAACAUUCAAGGAUCUUCUCACAAAACAUGAGUCAGUCGUCUCCGACUUUCUCACCUCUCAUUACAGUGAGUUCUUUGAUGUAUAUGAAAGACUUUUGACAUCUUCAAAUUAUGUGACGAGAAGGCAAUCGCUGAAGCUUCUCUCGGAUUUCCUAUUGGAGCCCCCAAAUUCACACAUAAUGAAGAAAUUCAUCUUAGAAGUUCGUUACUUGAAAGUCAUAAUGACGCUUUUGAAGGACUCGAGCAAGAAUAUUCAAAUAUCGGCCUUCCAUAUAUUCAAGAUCUUUGUUGCGAAUCCUAAUAAGCCGCAAGAAGUGAAGAUCAUUUUGGCAAGAAAUCAUGAGAAAUUACUCGAACUCCUUCACAACUUGUCCCCUGGUAAAGGUUCCGAAGAUGAUCAAUUCGAAGAGGAAAAAGAGCUGAUCAUCGAGGAGAUUCAAAAAAUGUCUGGUCUGCAAAACCUCGAACAUUAG